AUGUCUGAAGCGCAACUCACUCCCGAGGUCACCUGGGCCCAGCGCUCCUCUUCGAGCGAACCGGAGAAGAAUUUUGUCUACGUUACCAUUGUCGUGCCCAACGUCCCCAAGGACAAGCUCAAGCUCGACAUCCAGGAUCAGAGCGUCACCUUCACUGGCUACUCUGAUACCCUCAAGAGGACUUACCACCAUACAGACAUGAAGAUUGACAUCAAGCUCCAGAAGAAGGAGCUCAAGGAGGAGUACUGGCCUCGUCUCCUCAAGGAAGCCAAGAAGGUCCAUUUCCUCAAGACCGACUUCGACAGGUGGGUCGAUGAGGAUGAGCAGGAUGAGGCUGCUGAUGAGGACUUCUCCAAGUUCGGUGGUAUGGGCGGCAUGCCCGGAAUGGGUGGAAUGGAAGGAAUGGGUGGAAUGGGCGGCAUGGGCGGCAUGGGCGGUCUUGGUGGAAUGGGAGGAGACUUUGGCAACAUUGACUUCUCCAAGCUUGGCGGCGGCCUUCCCGGUGGUGAUGAGGAGGACGACGACGAUGAUGACGAUGAUGACGACGAUAUGCCGGCUCUUGAGGGCGAGGAUGAUGCCGCGAAACCCGCCGCGAAGUAA